AAAAGGUCAGAGGUCAACCUGCACUCGAACUGAUUCGACUAUAACCACCAGCGUUUGUUGUCCUCAACCACCUCCCAUCACAUCUUCUCGUCCUCUCAUCUUGGAUGAAUCCCUUCACCCUCAUCACACCCUUGAUCUUGCAUAUUCAAAUCCAUCAAACAACACCAAUCCUACCACUGAAACCCAAACCCAUCCUCUUCCGAACCCUCCGCCCAAUAAAUUUUGGCCGUUAUCGCGUCUUCCUUAUCAAUCACCUACGCCAGGUCUAAACUCGCCAACCAGCCUCGAUCGUGUCCUGUACCCCUUGCCUCCCAUUCUCUAUCUUACCAAUCGUCAAUCCUCAGACGCCUCGGUGCAGUAUUCACACGUUGAUUCUCUGCGACUGCUGGGUUCACCCGCGUUUACACCUCAAAGCAAUGGCGGGAAGCCGGAAGGGAAAAGACACCUUGCUGGCGAAUGGUCAUGCGAAACUCAACCAGGCGGUGCAACAGAUUGAGGAGGACAUUUACCAGGAAGAGAACAUUUUCUUGUUCCUUCCCAAUGUCAUUGGUUAUGCGAGAGUCAUCCUCGCGAUCGCUUCCCUUUACUACAUGCCCCUUCACCCACGGACAUGUUCCGGGUUAUACAGUAUCUCCUGCCUCCUCGACGCUGCAGAUGGAAUUGCCGCCCGUCGGUAUAACCAGUCAACCACCUUUGGCGCAGUCUUGGACAUGGUCACUGAUCGAUGUACCACCUCCUGCUUGCUCGUCUUCCUCGCUUCCGCUUUUCCACGCUGGAGCAUCAUCUUCCAAGGACUCAUCAGUCUUGACCUCGCCAGCCAUUACAUUCACAUGUACGCCACCUUGACCAUGGGAACCAGUGGGCAGAGUCAUAAAAAGGUCGAUUCCAGCAGGAGUUGGAUUUUGCAUCUCUACUAUACCAACAGGACCGUCCUUUUUGCAUUCUGCGCCUUGAACGAACUCUUCUUCAUUGCCCUCUACCUUCUCUCUUUCUCCUCUCCACUACUAUCCCCUUCUCUUCUUGCCGCGAACAAUAGCGGAGUCGUGUCAACCCAGCCAGGCUCUCCUGCCCACCCCAGACCCAGCACCCUGUUUUCCAAUCCAUGGAGUGCCGGAGCUUUGGAGAUGGCUCGUGCGAACAAGAUGGACAGCACUGUCCCGUGGAUCCUAGCCGGCAUUAGCUUCCCAGUCAUGGCUGGCAAGCAAGUCAUCAACGUCAUCCAGUUGAUCAAAGCCAGCAAGUGGCUCGGCGAAGGUGAUGUGGCCAACAGAAGGAAAGCAUUUAUUGCCGCGGGCAAGAAGAAGGCCUGAAGACAAUAGGCAAGAAAGCCGGAGAUUGAGAAUUGCAUGUUGAGCAGUGCUCAGCGUUCCCAAUGAACUCGGUCGGCAGCCCGUGUGCCGACACACGCCGAGAGGAAGAAAGAGCUUCAGGGGACACGGUGCUUGCUCCUCUUCCGGAGAUUCAGUCUGACACCGAGGUCAUUAAUUCACGACCGGGCUGUCACCUGGAGACGUAUUCGUCCACGGCGUUCUAGCGUUGGCUUUGACUGUCAGAAUAGGCGCAGAGCAUGACAUUGGUUCGAACGAAGCUUGGAAGCUAGGAUUAUCUUUCAAGUCUGGCGCCAUAUGGAGUGAGUGUUUUUCAAGGUAUGAAGGUGGCCUCUGGGCAGAGUAGAUUGGGCGGUGCCAUGGUGUUGCGAACAACUAUGGCAUUAUUAAUGUGAAGUAUGGUGGUUAUGAUAUGCUCAGUAUAUUAAACACGAUAACAUUGUGAACCUUGCCAUGAAA